AGAAGAAGAAGAAGAAGAAGAUAAGGUGGGCAUUGAAACCAGAGAGCCGCUCGGAGUUCAAUCGGAUUGAAGAAAUCCACUAAUGUGCUGAUUGCCGUUCGGUGAGUGAGAAGUUUGAAGAGAGGAGAUAAUGGCGCACACUUUAGCAUUGCCCGUCGCUCCUUCGCUCUCCCUUAUCUGCAAUUCUCGAACCUCCAAUCCUCUCUCUAACGCUAUCUCCUUCCCCAUUUCAAACCCUCGGGUUCCUGGUCUUCAAAUCAAGUGUGUCCGUGUUGGAGGAGUUGAGAUACCAAACAACAAGCGAGUUCUAUACUCCCUUCAAUAUAUACAUGGAAUUGGGCGCAACAAUGCUAAGAAAAUACUGUUUGAUCUAAACGUGGAGAAUAAGAUCACCAAGGACUUAGCUGAGGAGGAACUCAUAUCUAUCAGAGAUGAAGUUUCCAAGUACAUGAUUGAAGGAGAUCUGAGGCGUUUCAACGCACUUGCCAUAAGGAGAUUGAAAGAGAUUCAGUGUUAUAGAGGGAUUCGACACAUCCAGGGGUUGCCAUGCCGAGGGCAGCGAACGAAAAACAACUGCAGGACGUUGAAGGGUAAGAAGGUCGCCAUUGCAGGGAAGAAGAAGGCUCCUCGUUGAGGCCCUUGCCAUUGCAUCUCUUGUAAAAGCUUAGAGACAUUGUUUAAACUCUGGAUUUGCAUCUGAUUUCCUCAUGAAAAUACUUUUGUGUUAUUGCUGUGCCA